ACAAGCAUCCGAAGGACACACCCCCAAAAUUCGACGUCACGACUCACGACCGAAUCACCGUACACAGUGAGAGAAAGCAAUUCUUGGUUCUCUGAUACACCCAAACGAGGAAUCAACAAGCUUACCGGAAUUCCAAAAAUGACAGAGGAGACUGGUGUUAAGGUUUCUUCCGACGAAUCCAACCUUCCCAACGAAGCCUCGCAAGCAAGGCAAAGGAAAAAACGAAAGUGGGAUCAACCAGCAGAGUCCUUGGUUUCAGCUGGUCGUGCAGUUCCUGGGGUUCUCCCAUUAGGCAAUAUAGGAACUCCAGCUGGGAUUGCACUUCCUGGUGUAACUCCUAUGCCCUCUGCUAUUUUGAUGAAUCCACUUGCUGCUGGCUCCGUUAACGUACCCCAGUUGAUUCAGGCGCCUUUGACACAGCAACAUACUGCUGCAGCUUUUCCAAAGUUAAAUCAAGUGAAGAUCCAAGAUGAAUUGAUAGCACGAGAAAUUGUAAUAAAUGAUGCAGAGUCUUCUGUUCGUUGUAAGUUGACGAAACGCCAGACGCAAGAGGAGAUUCAAAAAUGCACUGGUGCUGUGGUGAUAACAAGGUUUGCCAUUUUAAAAGGGGCAAAUAUCGUCCUCCAAAUGCACCUCCUGAUGGUGAAAAGCCAUUAUAUCUUCACAUCUCUGCAGGGGCUCAUCUUUCUGUUGCAGUUAAAAGAUAUGGCUGAACGGAUUUUAGCAGUUGAUCGUGCGGCUGCCAUGGUUGAAGAAAUGCUGAACUUGGGUCCGAACUUACAGCCAGUUUCUUCCACUUCUCAAGCUGCUAUGGGCAAUGACACAAAGGUUAGUCAGGCACUGAGCGCAUGUGUGUUCUUGGGGUUUGAUGCGGAUGCUUCAUUGAACAUUGCUGCUAGAAUACGUGGUCCAAAUGACCAGUAUGUAAAUCACAUUAUGAAUGAAACAGGAGUGACUGUCCUCCUCAAAGGUCGUGGUUCAGGAAAUACUGAAAGUUCACAUGGAGAAGAAGGUCAGCAACCACUGCAUUUGUUCUUGUCAAGCAGUAAUCCAAAAAGUCUUCAAGAUGCUAAGCGUUUGGCUGAAAAUCUUUUGGAUACAAUCAGUGUGGAGUGUGGUAUCCCCAGGUUUUCAUCAUCUAAGGUUUAUAGUGCUGUUCCACCCCCACAGCAGGUAUAUAGUGCUGUUCCUCCACCACAGAAGUUGUUGACGGGUGUUCAGAAUUCUGGGAAUGAUGUGAAAUUGAGUUCGAAUUCAAAUACUGGUUUGACCUCUUCAAGUACGGGUGUUUUGCCAACUCCAGCAGUUUCUUCAGUUGGAGUUUCUGGGAUCUCGACUGUCUUUUCUCAAGGGAAGGUAUCUCAACCUGGGGGACUGUUAGUUGGUGGGCUAUCUCAGGCAGACAGUAUUCCUCCCCAGCCUAUAUUACCUAGUGGAACAAGCUAUAGUGGAUAUGGUGGCAUAUAUCCUCAAGCCACACCGUUGCAGCAAGUUGCACUGGCCCUUAGACAAUCAUCUUCUCCUGUCACUUCUUCUAUUGCUCCUAGAACAUCGGUAGAUAACACAGAACCAGAUAUGAACCUUGGCUUUAACUCUGAGAAGGAGAAACGGCCUACACAAAGAAGGAAGUUUCAGGAAUUACCAAUUGCUUCAAAGGGUUCUAUAAAACAAAAUCAGGUUUCAGAAUUUUUAAAGCCAGUUGAAUCAUCAGCAGGUUUGGGUGUUAGAAAUGUAUCAAAUAUGCCUGCUCCAAAGAAGUUGAUCUCACCAACUUCUAAUGGAAGGCCAACAAUCCCAUCAAGAAUGAUGCCCCCUCCACCUCCACCUCCAAAAUUUACGUCAUCAACAUCUAGUGUGAAAGUGCAAGGCAAGAACAAUAUUAUGGACAAAACAAAAUCUGAUACUGUCCCCGAUACUUUGGUCAAGCUAAUGGAAUAUGGUGAGGAUGAUGAUGAUUCUGAGGAAACCAGUGAGGAAUCACUUGGUGGCAACUUAGGUGCAGUCUCAGCUCGAAAACCCUUCUGGGCUUUAUGAAUUGUCAGGUUAAACAAACUGGUCUAUUUUAUUUGUGGGGGAGAAAGUAUUCUUUGGGCAUUAUCAGUCAUUCUUUGGUGAGACUGAAUUGAUGCAGAUUGAACGCCUUCAACAGCAGCAUGAUGUGAUGCCAUGGGUGUAAAGGUGGUUAAAAGGCAGUGGUUGGGUGCUUUAUCAUACUCGAAGUUCCAGUUCUUGCAUGUCAAUGGCUACAUUCUUCUUGCUCAUUUAGUUUUUGUUGAGAGGGAGCUCUGUUCUUCUUCUAACCGGCGUUUUAGUUCUAGGGAUAGUUUGAUGAUUGCUCUUGUGAGGCUAUCUCAACGGGUUCAAAGAGCUUAUAAAAUAGAAACGUUAGGUUUGUUAGUAGCCCUAUUUUCACCUGUUGGCAACACAUCUAUGCUGUCAAAAUUUAUGUAGCAACGAGAAAUAUGAGAUAUACUUUUUGUCUUUUAAAAUAUUGGAGGAUUCUGUUCUCGUAUGGUGGGUGUAAUUUAAAUUAUUUAGUCCACGAUCAGUUUCCUA